UCUCCUCGGCCCGACUCCCCGCCGGGCGCGCGGGCAUGGCCUCCAGGGUCCGCACGGCGGCCGUCUGGGUCCCACCUGUCCAGGAGCAACACAGUUCUGGUGGCAGGAUCAGGAAUCUUCCAGGUCAGGAACCCAUCCUGGGUCAAGGGACCCCCGACCAGAGGCCUCUCCCUGGAGGACCUCAGCAAAGGCACAAGGGCCGCUGGACAAAGCAGGUCCUAGAGUGGCUGCUCACGUCACAGGCGCAGCCGAGAACCACUGAGCCCCAGGGACCGUUGUCCUUCAUGGAUGUGUUUGUGGACUUUACUUGGGAAGAGUGGUGCCUGCUGGACUCCGCCCAGAAGCACCUGUACCGGAAUGUGAUGUUGGAGAACUAUGGCAACCUGAUAUCCCUGGGGUAUCAAUGCACCAAGCCCAAUAUCAUCUUCAAACUGGAACAAGGGGGCGAACUGUGGAUGAUGCAGACACAAAUCCCAAGUCAGGGCAAUCCAGACAAAGUCUGGGAAAUUGAUCAUAUGGAAUGGUAUCAGGAAAAUCAAGGCAAGCUGGAAAGUAUGGCAAAAGGCUAUGAAUUUACAACAUUUGGAAAAUUGUGUCUUCUUAGUACAAAUCAUGUUUCUUCAAGACAAAAGUUUUAUACAGGUGGCACACGUGGAAAGAGUUUGAAAUAUAUGGAAUGCACUAGUUAUGCUGAAAAGAAUCCUAAUGGGUUUAAUAUGCAUAGAGAACCAUUCUUCCAUUCUAAACAUGAGCAGACUGUUACUGGAACAAAAUACUCUGAAGGUGAAGAGUCUGGAAAAACCUUCGAUAGGCAGUCACAGUUAAUGUGCCAACAGUUGUGUAUGGAAGGACAACCCUUUGAAUGCAGUUACUGUGGGAAGACCUUCAGCAGCAAGCCAUAUCUUGAAGUGCAUCAGCAGACUCAUGCCAGAGAGCAGCCUGACGCAUGUAAUGGAUGUGGGGGAGACUUCAGCAGCAAGUCCUACCUCAGUGCACAUCAGAAAACUCAUGCGGGAGAGGGACUACAUGAAUGCUGUGAAUGUGGAAAACUCUUUAGUAGAAAAGACCAGCUUGUUUCACACCAAAGAACUCAUUCCAGACAAAAACCCUAUGGAUGUAAUGAAUGUGGGAAAGCCUUUGGCUUGAAAUCACAGCUCAUUAUACAUCAAAGAAUUCAUACGGGAGAGAAACCCUUUGAGUGUAGUAAAUGUAGCAAAGCCUUUAACACAAAGUCAAAUCUUAUGGUACAUCAGAGAACUCAUACAGGAGAGAAACCCUAUGGUUGCAGUGAAUGUGGGAAAGCCUUUACUUUCAAGUCACAGCUCAUUGUACAUCAAGGCGUUCACACAGGAGUCAAACCGUUUGGGUGCACUCAAUGUGGGAAAGCUUUCAGUUUGAAGUCACAACUCAUCGUUCAUCAGAGAAGUCACACGGGUAUGAAACCUUAUGUAUGUGAUGAAUGUGGGAAAGCUUUCAGGAGCAAAUCGUACCUUAUUAUCCACAUGAGGACUCAUACAGGAGAGAAACUCCAUGAAUGCAGUGAAUGUGGGAAAGCCUUCAGUUUUAACUCACAACUCACCAUACAUCAGAGGAUCCACACAGGAGAGAGUCCAUAUGAGUGCCGUGAAUGUGAGAAAACCUUCAGUCGGAAGUAUCAGCUCAUUUCACACCAGAGGAUUCAUGCUGGGGAGAAGCCCUAUCAAUGCAGUGACUGUGGAAAAACUUUUGGUUUGAAAUCACAGCUCAUCAUACACCAGAGAACUCAUACAGGAGAGAAACCCUUUGAAUGCAGUGAAUGCAGCAAAGCCUUUAAUACGAAGUCAAACCUUAUUGUACAUCAGCGAACUCAUACAGGAGAGAAACCCUAUGGUUGCAGUGAGUGUGGGAAAGCCUUUACUUUUAAGUCACAGCUCAUCGUACAUCAUGGAGCUCACACUGGGAUAAAACCCUAUGGAUGUAGUCAGUGUGGGAAAGCCUUCAGUUUAAAGUCACAGCUCAUUGUACAUCAGAGAAGUCACACAGGAGAGAAGCCCUAUGAAUGCAGUGAAUGUGGGAAAGCUUUCAGGAGCAAAUCAUACCUCAUUAUCCAUAUGAGAACUCACACAGGAGAGAAACCACAUGAAUGCAGAGAAUGUGGGAAAGCCUUCAGUUUCAACUCACAACUCAUUGUACAUCAAAGAAUCCACACAGGAGAAAAUCCCUAUGAAUGCACUGGUUGUGGAAAAGCCUUCAACAGGAAAGAUCAACUCAUUUCACAUCAGAGAACUCAUGGAGGGGAAAAACCUUAUGGGUGUAGUGAGUGUGGGAAAUCCUUUAGUAGCAAGUCAUACCUCAUUAUCCAUCUGAGAGCUCAUUCAGGAGAGAAACCACAUGAAUGCAGUGAAUGUGGGAAAGCCUUCAUUUGGAAGUCACUGCUAGUUGUACAUGAACGCACUCAUGCAGGGGGACGCCCUUACAAAUGCGGUCAAUGUGAGAAAUCCUUCAGUGGAAAGGUACAUCUUAUUGUGCAUCAGAGAAUGCACACAAGAGAGAGACCCUAUGAAUGCAGUGAAUGUGAAAAAGCCUUCAUUAGGAAGUCUCAGCUCGUUGUACACCAGAGAAUUCAUUCAGGGGAGAAGCCCUAUGGAUGCAGUGAAUGUGGAAAAGCUUUCUCUCAGAAGUCAAUUCUCAGCGCACAUCAGAGGACCCAUACAGGAGAGAAACCCUGUAAAUGUACUGAGUGUGGGAAAGCCUUUUGUUGGAAGUCACAGCUCAUCAUGCAUCAGAGAACACAUGCAAAUGAAAGAUGUGAUGAAUUAAAUAUGGGAAACUUCCUCUCAAAAGCAAGUUCACAAAGAAUGCCAGCAACUUCAUAUAGAAAAGAAACUCUCUAAAGGGGAUUAUCUCUUACACCAGAAAACUCCUACGCAAUAGAAACGUAAUGAAUACAUACCAUGUGAAAAGUCAUCCACAGAUAGGCGUGGUUUUUUACACAUAAACAUAUAAAACGCUCAGUAGAAACUGUAAAUUCAGAAAGCCCUUAAAGGUUUUCAGCAGCAAGUCACACUUUUUAAAAUGCAUAUAUAGGUGAGGAAUCAUGAAUGAAGUGAAUGUUGGAAAUUAAUUGUACCAAUGUAGCAUUCAUCAAACCAACCAAACCAAACGUAAAAUACACUGUUGGACAUUGGGAGUUUCAUCUUAUUGAAUGUAUUUUAAUGAGUGAAAAUAGAGAACCAAAUGAAUGGCCAAAUUAUUAAAAUUACAAACACCUUAGGUAUCAGAAGCCCAUACCUUGGCAAAACCAUGCUGUUACUUAGGGAAAUUUUUCAUUUAGAAAAUGACAAGCCUCUAGCAAAAUAAUCCAAGUGAUGACCUGUGACUGUCCAAAUGGAGUAAUGUCUCAGCUGGAAAGUUCGCUUCAGUAUUUUUACUAGUUUUGAGUAAUUCCCCUAAAAGCUAUCCUAAAGGAAGUUUUGUUCCAGAUAUUUAAAACUCUGAGGAAAACCUUAGAGAAAGUAUCAACUAACGUGGUAAGCGCGUUCAUAACAGACUAGAUACUCCUUUUUAGUGUGUAAAUAAUUGUAAUUAUCAGGGCAAGAUGUAAAUUAAAUCCUUACCUAAAGUCUUUGGUAGGUUUUUAGUAACUGAUAGUAAGAAAAAUGGUAUAUAAUGAAAUCAGGUUCUUAAAUAAUGUUAAUUCUUUCAGUGUUCACUGUGAUCCUUUCUCAGUGUUACUGUGAACGAUGUUGAAUAAGGCAACCUUAUUCAAGGACUUGCUACACUUUGUAGGACUUACCUUCAUGUCUAGAGCUAUCUUGCUCCAUCAACUGUAUGGCGUUUCUGUGCUCUAGCAUUUUAAUUAUGAAUGCCAUAUAUGGUAGAUAAAUUAGGUGCCACACCAUUUGUUAGGUAUUUCUCCUUUGUAACAACAUUCUCAACUAGCACGUUUUUUUAAAGAUUUAUUUAUUUAUGCAUUCAAGAGCUGGGGUGCAGGCCAGAGGUGUGGGGGGUGAGAGGAUUCACCAGAGACAGUGGGGAAUGGAACAGGCAGACUCACUGAAAUACACUGCUGAAGGGAGCAGCGGGCGAAUGAGGAGAGGUCUGCUAUGCCAUGUGGUGGCCCUCUGGCUGGGGAUCGAACUCAUGCUGCACUGGCUGCAGGACAGCCUCAUAGGUUGUGUCUCAACCACUAGUGCCACCAGAGGCCUUAACUCGCACAUUUUGUUACUAGAAUAACAUCAUUAAACAUAUUAACACAUUUCAAUAUGACAAACCUCUUAUUUUCUGUCUUUUGUAACUUGGCCAGGCAGCUAUCUCUUUAGUUACAUAGAUCAACAUUCUACACACUUACCUUUGUGUGCCAAGAACUGCUCAUGUUCUUACUGGCUAGGAUAGCCUGAUACCCUUUAAGAGCAGUACUCCUUCACCAUGUGUGCUGUCACGACUGGAUCUUUCAGGUGUCCCAGGAAGUCAGUUGCAUGUUCAUCAAAGUAGGUUUUAGAUGUUUGAUAUAGUCUUUUUUUUUUUUUUAGAGGCAUGCUUUAUUUAUUUAUUUUGUUUGUUUGUUUUGUUUAUAUAAGCACUGGGUACAGUCAGAAGCGCGGGAGGGUGAGAGAAUCCACCAGAGCCAGAGCGGGGAGCAGAGCAGGCAGAAGGACGGAAGUACACUGCUGAGGGGAGCAGCAGGCGGCAGGAGAGGUCUGCACACCAUGUGGGACUCUUCUCCGGAGGCCGGGGAGCAGCCGGGGAUCGAACCGGCACUGCAGAGGCUGCAGGCAGCUUCGCAACCCAGCGCUUAACCGCUGCGCCACCUGGGAGGCCCCUGAUAUAGUCUUAAGUACAGCAAAGCAAACUGAGCUUGUAUUUUCAGGAAGGAUCUUGAUGCACUUAUUAGUUCCUUCACUUUACAUUACCUAAGAAGAUUUUGUUGUUUUCAGCCUUUAUUCUAGUUCACUUUUUCUCUAAUUUGAGCUACCUGGUAUCCUUUGAAAAAACUUUAGUGAUACAUUUAAGUGAUACUGCUGGAAUGUGCAUGUAUAGCUGGAAAGUCAGUGUUUUGAAGUUUUCUGCCAGGUGCUUGCCUACAAAGUUUUUCUUCACGGUCUCACCAACAUCUCUAUGUGAAUGAACACUCACCUGGAGCGUGGGGCCUUUGCAAAUACAUCAGGGCUAUCUUGGGGGAGUAUGAGGAUUCACAACUGAAAAUAAUUCUGAAGGAUUCUCCACUUUGUAUUAUUGAGGGGAUCUCAUUUCUUACCCAGAGAAGAUGUUUGUUUCUCGAAGGGUUUAUGUAAUUUGUCUAGUAGUAAUUGUGUUCAGCUCAUUGAACAGGGUCAGUAUUCUCACAGACACCUGAGGUGAAUGAUGGUUCACAGAAGAGGUUUAUCUAAAGAGGGAGUUUCAGAUAUUUGCUGAAGUAUGUCCCCUAAUCGGGAAAAGAUCCGUAGUAUGUGUUCUGUCAUUGACGUUCCAACUAAAGAGCCCGUGUAAUGAACAAAUGUAAGGGAAGUCUGUGCUCAGUUUGUACACUGCUGCCCUGGCACACCUAGGCUGUCGUGGCUGUGUCCCAUGAUGCAGCGUUCACCCGCCGUCUUGCUCAGAAGAAGGCUUGGCUUUGCAAGUAACUUCCAUGGAUUCUCUGGUGUAAAUUUUGAUUUUUUUUUAAAUAUUGCACCAAAAUACUAUCUAUCUUGAUGAUUGAGUUUUUGAUGCCUCGCCCAGCCUACUCCCUGCCUUUAAAGAAGACACCCGUGUACAGCUUGGGCCUCGCGGAUCGGGGUGGCAGGGACUGGGCCCCGCCUGCUGCCCUGUGAGGUGACGUUGGAGCCCUGGUGAUGGUGGGCACGGUGUGGGCACUGCUGGGCCCUGGCCCCCUGGGGACGGGUGGAGAAGCUUGUCCAGCUCUCGAGUAGGGCCGCCAUCGG